CGACGUCGAGUCGAGUUACGGGAAAAAGGAUACACAAAAGUCCGGAGUCCGAUUAGCGCAGGAAAUUCGGUAUUUUAUCUACGUGCAGUGCAGUUCCGUGUGCCAGCGGACCGUCGAAUCAUGGAGGAAGACUGGGAGCAAUUGGCCGACCAGAAGGCGAACGAUCUGCUUGCCAAAGCGAACGCGAACAAGUGGGCUGGCGAGGAUGAGGAUGAUGUAAAGGAUAACUGGGAAGACGAUGAUGAGGAGGAGGAAAAGAAAGAUGAAUCAAAGAGCGAAACGCCUACGAAGGCGGCCAAACCGAAGAAAACUGCACAACAAAAAGAGAAAUUGAAACAGCUGGAAGAACAGCGAAGGAGAGAGGAGGAAGAGGAAGCUAAUAUGACGCCGGAGCAGCGUGCGGCGGAGAAACGUCGAUUGCAGAAGCUCCAGGAAGAGAACGACCUUAAGACGGCCAUGGAAACGCUAGGAAUUACACCGAUGGCAAGCGGCGGUGGUACCAUCGAUGGUAUGCAUCCGACCAACAAGGAAGAAUUUAGUGAAUUGGCCGAGGCAAUUAGCAAAAAGCUGUCCAACUACCGUGCAAGUACCGACUAUCAAGGCUUUCUGGAGGAGCUCCUACUCAAACUGUUUGCCAGCGUACCUUCGGCCGAUAUUCGAAAAGCGAAAAACACCCUAGAUAAUCUGUAUUUGGAGAAGCAAAAGGUCGAGAAAGGUGACAAACCAAAGAAGACCAAGAGCAGCAAGGUGAAAGUGAAACUGCGCAUGGAAGGAGAUAACUCCACACUCAACGAAUAUAAUACCAACAAUUAUGACGAUUUCGAUGAAUAUGAUGAUUUCAUGUAACGAAUCAUCGUCGUCACUUACUAUCGCCAUGAUCUAGACGGUGCAAGAAGCCGAGAACCACUUUUCCCGGGGGCACCGAAAAAUCGGUGCAAGCGGAAUGGAUUCGAGAUGUUACAGUCGAGAGGCGAACCCCAACAUUACACACCAACGGACACAACACACACAAACAGACACCCCCUCUCUCUAGGAAGCUGGAUAAAUGGCUGGCGUUUCGGAAAUCGUAAACGGCGUAUCGUGCGGCUGUACUCUUACAUGUUUCAAUAAUUUGUUUUGUUGUUUUUCGUGUGCGAUCAAACGCGUAUUUGUCGUAUUCUCGUCCUGGCAAUGGAUGACCGUUCGAGAGGGUAGAGAUUGUUCGAUUUAAAUACAAAUCUAUAGGAUAGCAAAUAUUUACA